AUGGGCUCUCGUCUGUGUAAGACAAAGUCCGAGUCUGAGGCCACAGAUCCGGCUCCGAAGUGCAGCCUGGUCCUGAACCUGACUCGCAGAGGACUCAAGGACAUCCCGUCUGAGACCUGGUCUCAGUCCGAUUUGCUGAAGCUGAACUUGUCCCUGAAUCUUCUUCGCUCUGUGUCUCCACAAGUAUGUGUCCUGAAGAACCUCAGAGUCCUGAACCUGUGGGGGAACCAGUUGACCUCGUUGCCUGCGGAGAUCGGAACGCUGCAGAAACUCCGAGUUUUGUUUUUAUCCAGAAACAAACUCACAGAGAUUCCAGAAGAACUGGGCCAGUGUACGGAGCUGGAGGUUCUCAGUGCGUCUCAGAACCUGCUGAAGUCUUUGCCCUGGUCUUUGUCAAAUCUGCAGAAUCUGAGAAAACUGAACUUGAGCAACAAUGAGCUGAUCUACCUGCCGACUUGUGUAUACAGCCUGAAGAGCCUGGUGUUCCUUCACUUGGGCUGGAAUCUGCUCGAGAGUCUGGCGGAGAACAUCGAGAGUCUGAAGAAUCUGAGGACUUUAAUCCUGGAAGGGAACCACCUUAGCUGUGUUCCCAAAGCCUUGUGCGCCCUCAGCAGUCUAGAGCUGCUGAAUGUGGACUUCAACGACAUCAAAGAUGUUCCUCAGGAGUUCCACCAGCUCUCUCGUCUACGCAGACUGGCCUGUCACCCUCUGGACUCUGGCCUCCAUAUCCUCCACAACCCUCUGCUGAAGCCCACCAAGGAGGUCCUGGAGGGGGGUCUGACUGCACUACAAAAACACAUCUGUGGAACCAAAACAUGGACCUGUACUGGACUGAAGACACAGUUUAGAAGAGGAGGCGCAAGGAAGCAACCAAGGAGCCGAGAAGGGGGCAUCAGCAAAGACAGACUGGUCCCAAGAGCGUCUGUCCACAUGCUCUGCUUCAAAACUCCGAUGACUGCUCUGACUGUGUUGUCGCUGGUGGUGAUGCUGCUGACGGUCGCCGUGGGAGACGGGGCCCGAGUCAUCAGUGGGCAGACGGUAUGCCCCGCCCACUCCUCCUACUGUUACAAAGUGGCAUACUUCCACACAGUGAGCAGCAGGGUGUCCUUCACUGUGGCACUUCAGGCCUGUGCCACAGACCAGGGGGCGCUAGUGAGCAUCGAGUCUGAGCAUGAGCAGCUCAUUGUGGAGACGCUACUGCAGGAACUGCGCUCUGGUGUCCCUCCGGAUUCAGACAUUGUUGAUGGAGACUUUUGGAUUGGACUGACCCGCUCCGAAUCCUCAGACCAGACCCAGACCCAGAGUCAGAACCAAUCCCAGACCUGUCCUGGUCUGUACCAGUGGACUGAUGGGAGCAGCGCCACCUACAGAUACUGGUACGAUGAUGAGCCGUCGUGCGGUGGCGAAGCCUGUGUGGUAAUGUACCAUCAGCCAACUGCACUUCCUGGAGUGGGAGGAGCUUAUCUGCACCAAUGGAACGACGACCGCUGUAACAUGAAGCACAACUUCAUCUGCAAGUACCACAAAGAGCAGCGUUCGAACAGUGACUCAGAAGAAUCGGCCACAGAGCAAACUUCAGUAAGGGAAAAGGAGGCUCCGCCCCUCACACAGGACAGCCAAUCAGGUACCCUCCUCCUCUACAUUCUUCUUCCUACUGCUCCUCUCUUGAUCCUGAUCCUCGUGGCCUCAGGGAGCUGCUGCUGCCAGAAGAUCCACAAGACUAAAUCUCGCUCUCAAACGGCAGUGGAUCAAACAAAUCUGUGGAUCUCCACUAAAGCCUGA